AUGUGUCUCUUCAAUAGUCUAUUCGUUCUUACCUUGUUCGCAAUUCAGCAUGCACUUGCAACACCAGCAUCGCGCUCGAGUGUUAAUAUCACACGCUCGUUCGUCCUUUCACCACCCCGUUCUCCUCACCCAGAGAAACAGGUCCACGAUGCAGACUAUCAUUCAUUCUCGAUUGAAUUCUGCUAUAUGGUUGAUUAUGCAGGCAACGAUACGCACCCCAAUACCUUUUCGCAGCAAGUCAUUCAGAAUUUGAAAGAUAUUGCGGGAAAGCCUCCAUUGUUCCGCGUUGGUGGUAGUACGCAAAACUCUGCUGUGUACUAUCCAGACCAAUCCCAGGCUAUCAUCAGCCCCUUUGACUCUGCCGCAUCGACCCAACCCAGGCAUUCGUAUCUAGGUCCCACUUUUAUGCAGUCAUUCAGACAGUUUCCAAAAGGCACUCAGUACAUCUAUGGUCUCAACUUCUUCAACCCUGCCAAUGAGACACUCUUUAGUGUGGGCGAUGGGCUUUCUCAAUGUGUACUUGAGGCAAAUGCUGCAUACAAUGCAAUUGGAGACGCUCUUUACGGCUUUGAAAUUGGCAACGAGGUUGAUGGAUGGCCUGGUGGUCAGCGUCGAUCUGCGAACUGGACACUCCAGGAUUACGUUGACCAGUGGAACUACUACGCCAAAGCCAUAAGUCAGAACUUAACCGGGUCGGACUCAUCUCAAAUCUUUCAAGGUUGUGCUUUCGAAGCACCGCGCAAUGUAGUCAGCUCCACUGCUUGGAAUGUUGCAAAUGCUGAAUCGGACGGCAUGCUCUCUAACAUGGCAAAGACUGUUGCCGACCAUGAGUACAUGGGAGCCAAUUGUCAUUAUACAGGCGUUGGUCCAACUAUCGAGACAAGUAUCUUCGACCGCACAAACGUUCUAUCCCGGAUCUGGUACCAUGAUUAUCUCGGAAACGAAACAGCAAAGUCGGGAAUUCCAUAUGUCAUUGGAGAAACAAACUCAAUCUCAUGCCAAGGUGCAGCCAACAUCUCCGACGUCAUGGCAGCUGCAGUCUGGGCCGUCGAUUACGUGCUAUACCUGUCGUCUCUACGGGUUGAACGUGUCCACUUCCAUAUGGGAACCCGAUAUGCAUACCGCUCAUGGCUGCCCGUGUCAUUCAACUAUACUGCGCCGCAAGUAUUCCCUAUAUACUAUGCAGCAUUAUUCAAUGCUCACGUUUUCGCCGGAGGACACAAACAAACCGAGGUUCUUGUUAACGAAACAGACUUCAGUGCUUACGCAGUAUACGGGUCUGGUAAGCUGGAAUCUAUCGUUGCAGUGAACUUCGUCAUGUGGAACUCGACGUUUGAGCAGCAGGAGAGGUCGUAUACAGUCCUCGAGCUGCCAAGUGGCUGGGAAUCAGCAAAGGUAUCGAGGCUUACUAGUCCUGGAGUCGAAACUGCCCUGAAUAUUACACUUGCGGGCCAGACAGUGAAUGAAGCGGGCGAGAUCGUGGGAGCCAAGACUCAUGAGAAAGCAGUUGGCAGGAAGGUCUUAGUCGGUGCAGGCGAAGCUGUGUUAGUUCAGAGGUAA